GUUCACCUUCAGGAGUCUCUACCAUGCAGGACUGCCUCUCUGGCAUCGUCAUGGUCACAUGGCAGGCCAGCAAUGGGUCAGACUACUACACCGUCACCACGCAAACUGACACUGGCAUGUCAGAAAUGUGCAUGUCCGACUCUAAUCAGUGCAGCUUCCCAGGCCUUACCUGUGGGUACAACUUCUCUGUGUCAGUCACAGCUUCCAACCAACAGUGUAACACAGUCGCCAAUGAAACCACUAGUCUGCAGUCAGUGCCAUGUGCUCCCACUAAUGUCUCAGUGGUAAUGGACUGUGCCAACAACACUGCUGUUGUGUCCUGGUCUGCCAGUCGUGGGGCUUUACAGUACUCAGUGACAGCCCGCAGUAGUCAUAGCAACGUGAGCUGCGAGACUUCUGACCUCAACUGUAGCCUUGACAACCUCACAUGUGGCAGCCACUACACCGUUGAGGUAGUUGCUAUGGACGACAGCUGCUCUAGUAUCCCAAGCGAGGCACUGAUAUUAAACUCAGCCCCCUGCCCACCUCAGAACGUGAGCGCCCAGUUCAGCUGUUCCUCAAACGACAUGACAGUUUCCUGGGAUGCCGUUAGAGAAGCUGACCACUUCCUGGUUUCAGUAAUGGCAGAAAAUGGAGGAAUCAUUGAGUCAUGUAACACCACAAACACAGCAUGUUCCAUCAGCAAUGUGACCUGUGGGAAAACAUUCACUGCUCAGGUCACCUCUGUCCGAGGUGACUGCCGCAGCCAGCACAGUCAGACCCACAGCAUCAUGUCAGCUCCCUGCCAGCCUCAGGGAAUCAGAGGCAACCUAGACUGUGUCACCAAUUCCGCUUGGAUAUCAUGGCACGCUGCUCCAGGGGCGGACUGCUACACUGUGUCAGCUGCAGGUGGAGAGGACUAUACAGCCAACUGCACCACUUCCAGCAACACUACAUGUGAGGUGGAAGACCUGGCCUGUGGUGUACUUUAUAACUUCAGUGUUACAGCUAAAAACAGCCAGUGUGAGAGUCAGCCAAGUGCCACCAUCGACUUGCAGACAGCCCCCUGCUCCCUGUCUGGCAUCACCGCAUUCCCUCAGUGCCACAAUUCCUCCAUCCUUGUGGUGUGGGAACUGAUGGAGGGCAGCAGUGGAAACACAGUAUACACUGCCACAGCAGAAGCUAGCGACCACACGUACCUGUCCUGCAAUAACACGGGCACUACCUGCUACCUGUAUGGAGCACGAUGUGACCUUUAUUACACCAUCAUUGUAGCUGCUUCAUCAGACCAGUGCAGCAGCAUGAGAAGUCCACCCUACAGAGUUAGCAUGGAGCCCUGUCCACCCAUGAACGUGAUGGUAAGCAGCUCCUGUGAGGACCACAGUGCACUGGUGUCCUGGACUCCCUCUUCUGUUGCUGAAAGCUACCAAGUUGUCGCUAUGGGUGGAGAUGGACAUGUGCAUACUUGCAACACCACCUCCAGUAACUGCAGUGUGUCAGAGCUCCACUGCGACCAGCAGUAUACAGUGGUCGUCACUGCUAGCCAUGAGAACUGCUCCAGCAAAGCCAGUCAAAAUGCAACACUAAAUACAGGUCCUUGCCAGCCAGCUGGACUCUCAGUUUCAUUCCAAUGUAACAACCAGUCUGCACUGCUGUCAUGGACACCGAGAGAUAAUGCUGUUGACUACUAUGGCUGUGCCCAGUCUGGGAAUGGAGACAUGCUGCACUGUCACAGCACAAAUCCCACCUGCACAAUCGAGGGUCUUGAUUGCGGAACCGUUUACAAUUUCUCCGUCCAGGCCUCAGAUGGUACAUGCAACAGCUCCUUCAGUGACCCAGUGCAGAGGGGAGCAGCUCCCUGUCCUCCAGACGCUGUUGAGGUGCAGCUGCUGCCAAUGCAGAUGGAGAUCCAGGUGAUGCGCUUCAACUGGACACAGAUCUCCUGCAGAGACACUGAGUACAUUCUGGCGCUAACAGGAAGUCUGCUUGGGGACACCCAGGCCCUGUUCGAGCUCUCCUCCUUUUGGACACAAAGGACAUACUUCGAGAUUCCUCUCCCCUGCAGUUCAUCCUACGACGCUACAGUGCAGAGCAGGAACGGUGCUGGUACCAGCGACCCGUCUGUGUCUCUCAGUGGAACAACAGCUCCAUGUCCCCCACCAGGAGUGUUGUACAGUGGUAACAGCUCCUUUGCCACAAUCUCAUGGAACGCGUCAGUGUUUGCCACCACAUACACCGUGUAUGACAACAGUGUUACACCAAAGGUUCAGUUAUGCAGCGUGACAGGGCUGUCCUGCUCUCUGUCCAACAUCACCUCCAGUCACCUGGUGAUCACAGCCAGCAACACAGCUGGAGAGAGUGAAGCUAAAAGUGUCACAAAUGUGGUACCACAAGGACGCAGGAGGAGAGAUCUCAGUGAAAUGCAGAAUGGAGGCCUCUCGGCUCCCAUGCUAGACGUCACACAAGCAAUGUCAACAGUUAUUUUUGUUGAGUGGUCUCAAGUGGAUGCUGCCUCCCACUACAGCCUGGUGAUCAAGAAGCAGGACAGAUCCAGUAAACCUCAGGAACUAACAGUGUAUGGGGAGAAUAUAAUUGUCACUGAUCUGAGUCCGAACUCUACCUACUGUUUCUCUGUGUCGGCCAGCAACGCGGCCACUAGUGGACCAGAGUCAGAGCCCGUGUGCGUACAAACACGAGCAGGGCUUCCCCAGUAAAGGGAAGCACUUCUGUAGACAAACAAGAGGUCUGUACACGCAUCUCCCAGUUAAAUGUGAUGACUUUACUGUCAAAAUGGCAGCUUGUUUGACAUUUACUCAUAAUUCACAAUAACUUGGAUCUGGUUGCUUUGACAUUUACAAUUCUGCCUGUUUACCAUAAGUUGCACAGUUGUUUUAGUGCAUUUUGGUCAUGUAAUGAAACAUUAAGUCUAUUUAACAAACACCCAGGAGGGACAUAUUAGGUAGAUAUCUUCCAAAUAGAAGCCUGGGCCCUAAAUAUUUGAAGUUCUUCUAUUUUGUACUUGUGUAAAAACCCUUUAGAGAGAUACAUGUUUUACUGCUGUUGGUUGAGGUUAUACAUUUAUAUGUAGGGCUUUGUUCCUCCUGCUUUUUAUAUUUUAUUCACUUUUGUAAAUUAUAUAUUGGUCAUCUUAAAAGGUAAUAUAUCAGGAAGUGUCUAGAGUAUUUACCUUUUGCCACUUCUGAAUGUAUAUUUAACGUGGAAAUUAUUUUCAGACUACAUUCUAAUAAAAGUACCAAAAAUAGUUUGCAUUCUGCCUCUGUCUUUCAACUCAAUACCUGUGAUAUGCUUCAGUUUCUACUGACAUUUGAAUGCCCUUUUCCUUUAAAAA